CGAUCGCACACCGUUGUCUGACAUUGCGCUUAACCAUCGUUUUAUACACAACACGAGUCGACUGUAUUCUGUAGGUCCCAUACGAUUGUCGAUCGGUGUUCCAACUCAGUUUGUUUUCAUCCUAUAGAGAGAACGCGCGUUAUUGCCGUCAUCGCAAAGUCCAACACACGUGUCCGUAUUCCGUAACGCGAGCCAUGCGAUUUAUGUGAUAAAUUGAAUUUGACUUGACAGUAGUUGCUUGUUGAUUUGCCUUUUUUUGUUUUUUUUUUGGUUUGGAUUAGAUUCAAAUUCAGAAAUAACAAUGAGUCGAGGCACUAAAGCUUUGGAACUGUGGUGUCGUAAGAAGACAGAAGGAUACCCAGGUGUUAAAGUGGAGAACAUGACGACCUCUUGGAGGGACGGACUUGCGUUUUGUGCCAUAAUUCAUCACUUUAGGCCAGAUUUGAUUGAAUUUGACAAGCUUAACAAGGACGAGAUCUACAACAACAACGAACUAGCCUUCAGAGUGGCCGAGGAUUACUUAGGCAUUCCGGCUUUAUUGGAACCUGCUGAUAUGGUGCAAUAUGAAGUACCCGAUCGUCUAUCGAUCCUCACAUAUUUGUCGCAGUUUUAUCAGACCUUCGAAAACCAAAGAGGCAAAACUGGUGCUAGAACAGCCCCAAAGAGACCCCAGUCGACCGCCGAUCAUGGAAUAGUCUCACCUGCAUCCACCAGCCCUCCAACAAAGGUCCAUAUACCAAUAGGUAGACCGAGAAGGGAGCCUUGCGCCAAAUGCAACCUCCCAGUGUUCAUUGCCGAACGCCUUAAUGUAGGAAAACUUCUAUAUCAUCGUACCUGUUUCAAAUGUGCCCGAUGUAAUUCACAACUAACUUUAGCCAACUAUUACGAAACGGAGAACGGAGAAUUUGUCUGUGAAUUAUGCCCCGACGAAGAAAAACCUAUUACCAAUACCAAGAAACUCACCCCAGAAACUGUACUGACAAGAUCGCUGAGCGACGAAGAAAAAACGGCCAGUUUACGCACCUAUGAAACCUCCGCCAGUAAUAGAUUUGAAACUGCUCUGGAGGCAGGGUUUACUUACGCGGACAGUUCCGAGUUCUCCAUGGCAAGAUCUCAAUUCUUCCAAAGCCAAAUGGAAGAUUACCCCACCAAACCGCCACAAACCAGUAGUGAUAAUAGUAGUUUUCCUAGUGUAAAAAGUGACACUGAUAAGUUUAGUGAUAGUAGUGAGCAGACUCGAAAUCGCAUUGUUACCAAAGAUGAUACUUCUCCUAUCCCGAGGCCGGGUAGCGUCAGGGCUAGGAUGAAGUUAUUUGAAAAUAAUGAAGAUAAUAAGUCUGAUGUAAAUAGUAGUGCAAAAAAAGCCAAAGUCGUCGCCAUAGAUGACUUGGAAGAUUUUGACAACAUUAGCAGGCAAUCUGUUGAUGUAAGUAGCAGAAAAGACAUUUUUAUAGAAACAUCGUUUGUAGGCGAUAGUAGUAUUAAAGUGCACAGUGAAAAUAGCGUUAUAGAAAUAAGUGACGGUAGUGUUGAAGCCAUAAAUCAUUCCGUUAAGCAAAGUAACCUUGAUGAUAGUUGCAUUAUUAUAGAAGAUUCUUUAGAAUCCUCUAAUAAUAAAGAUUCCUUAAAUAAAGCCGAUGACAGUUUAUUUUCGGUUCCGGAUAGCGUUUCAUCUGAAGAUCCUGUUACGGCUAACAGAGAUUAUUGCACAACAUAUGAGGUCUUAUCACAAGAAGAUAAGCAAGAAUUCAGAUCCACUGAAAGUCUUUCAUCCGCUCCUAUUAACACAGAAAUUAGUGAAGCAUUGGUACCAGAACGAGAUAUCCAAGAAGAAAGUGUUUCUUCUCAAGAUUCAGGUCCUGUUACUAGAGGAUAUUAUACGGCAUUUGAGGUAUUAUCACCUCAAGAAGAUUCCCAGGAAUUUAAAUCUCCAGAAACCAUUUCAUCUAAAGAUCUUCUUAUUGUUGAUAAUAUAUUGCCUAAAGAAAUUCAAGCAGAGCAAUCCCCGGAAAGCAUUUCUUUCGAAAGUCCUACCCCUAUUGAAAAGGAUUCUUUUGCUGUUAGUGUAAGUUCGCUUGAGAAAGAAAAUGAUGAAAAUGUCGAUGAAUCUCAAAAAUUAUCUUCACCUAUUACUUGUCAAUCGAAUGAGCCCCAAGAAGAAAUUGAGGAAAAAUUAGAAAUUAACGAAAAUGUAGCUGACGAAGAUAUUAUUGAAAUACAAAAGAUAGAAACAAAAGAGGCUGAAGCCAUUUCCGAUAAACAGCCAAAGCCGCCAGAGCUAAUCAAAAAUCAAACGACUUCUUCCUUGUCUGAAGAGGUCUUACCGGACGUGAGGCCAAUACCAGCAGCGAGGCCUAAAAAGAAAAUGUCUUCUGGAAUUAAUGAGCCAGUAAUUCAAAAAACCCCGGAGAAGUUAACUUUGAAUCCGUUCGACGAUGACGAUGAUGAUGAUGAUGACAAUGCAGAGGACUCGAAGAAUCCAUUUGCGGAAGAUGCAAAUAAUGAAAUCCAAGAGAAGAGAAUCACCUCCAGCCAACCAGAUAACCAAAAGACCCCGCCAAGACCCAAAAAACGAAUCCCCGCUUUAAUAAGCACAUCCGAACUAUGUUGGGCGACCCCAGACCAUCUCCAAGGAGUACAACACGAGCGUCACAGCAUAAAUCCAUUUGAUGAUGAUGAUGAUAGUGAACCAGAAGUUACUUUUGAUGAGCCUAAAGAAGAGAUUCGAGAAAGGAAAAAAAUCGGAUUGAGAGAAGAAGACAAACAAAAAUUGGCCAGGGAAAGUUUUAAUCCAUUCGACGAUGAUGAAGAUGAGGAGGAAAUUGAGGCUUCUGUACGACCGGUGCCAGUUCCCACUCCUAGAACUACCAAAGCUAAUCGCCCAGAGCCAAAACCACGAGAUACCCUUUCAGUUACAAGUAGGGGUAGUCAUGGAGGUAGCAGCUCAUCAUUAUCCAGCAACAGCGCCUUUGGUAGUGCUAGAAAGAAAAAACCAGCGCCUCGACCACCAGUGCCAUUUAUCUACGAGCCGCCUGGUAGCUCCAUUGGCAGCGCCAGUUCUAGUGUGGCACACUCACCCAAUUUAUCCGGAACCAUUCGCAGUCAUCGUAAAUCGAAACGGGCACCUCUUCCACCAAAUAUGACAGCCUUUUCCACGCCAUCUCACCAAGUCAUCACGGAACUAAAGGAACGACUUGAUGUACUGCCGACACCUCUCGGGAUUUCGCCUAUCAAUGCGGAAAGUACCGAAGAAUCUCGUAAAGAGAAGAACGUGAAAGAUGAGGAAAAUAGAAACCGCCAAAGUCUCUUUGGUACAGACCAAGACUGUAAAUUGAACGAUAAAAGUACGAUAGGAAGAUGGAAGCGGCGAAAGGGACAAGCGCCGCCACGGCCAAUUCCGGAGAGGAGAAUCGUUAAGAGUCUUCCCGUGUCGGAAAUCAAAAGGGAGCUGGAUUUAAUUGAAAUUCAGCAGCAGGGAUUGGAAAAACAGGGAGUGAGGUUGGAGGAGAUUAUUAGGGAGAAGUGCGAGGGAACGGAUCGGGAAGGAGUAAAAAAUGAAGAUGAAGUACCCAUCGAAGUAGAGGACCUAAUUUUACAACUUUUCGAAUUAGUCAACGAAAAAAAUGAGCUGUUUAGAAGACAGGCGGAACUCAUGUAUUUACGUCGGCAACAAAGACUGGAAGAAGAAUACGCUGACGUCGAAUACCAAAUCCGAUGCCUUUUACUUCAACCAGAAUCCAACAAAAGCGAUUCCGAUAAAGUUCGAGAAGAAAUGCUUAUUAACAGACUUGUGGAUAUCGUGGAACGUCGAAACGAAAUAAUCGAAUGUCUAGAAAUGGACAGGAAACGCGAAGCGGAAGAAGACAGCAGCAUCAGCAGUCAAUUGAACCUCUACUGCGCCAAGAGGGAGAGCGAUAAAGACUCGCCAAAAGAAGAGAAAAAAGAGAAGAAAAAAAAGCACAAAAAGCUUAAUAAAAUCAUCCACACAUUAAAGCCGAAGAAGGAAAAGGACCAUAAGGUUGAUGUGGAUAAGGACGUGGAUGAAAGCGAAGUGCCUGUAGAGAAGGAGAAAAAGAAGAAGUUCCAUUUGUUUAAAUAGGCCUUGCUAAAAUGCACAAUAGCUAAUGUUAAUUAAUUGCCUUACUAAGCUGUUCUUACCACAUAUCAAUAAGCGACAAUAUUUUUAGUAGUUUUGUAAGAGGGCGUUCGUUAAAGGUUCUUUUUAAAUUAUUGUUUAUGUUAUGUUCACUUAACGUGUUCGUUGUUUUGUAACCAUAAGUUAAAUAUUGCAAGCAAACAACGAAUAUAGAUCAUAUCACUGUGCGCUAAACAUUUGUUUUAACUUAUUUACUAAUCAAGACGAUAAUCCGAUUCCACCAAGCAAAUUUUAAAGUCUUUAAAAAUUUGCCUGGUCGAGUCACUCAUAAGAGAUUUUUGCACAUUCGUAUUUAAUUUGGGUUACUUUAACGAUUUUGCAAAUGUUCACAAAAGUGUUAUUAUUGCAUAUAUUAUAUUUUUUUACUAUUUAGUUAUUUUGUGAUUUAGUUCUGUUACUGAUUAAAAUCAUUUUUAUAUA